CAUGGAAAGAGGCAGAAGUUAUCCCUUUGUUAAAGGAUGGAAACCACGAGGAAGCAUCAAAUAACCGCCCACUUUCUCUCCUUACCUUUCUUUCGAAAAUUUGUGAAAAAGUCGCCUUGAAUCAAUUUGGUUCGUAUCUAAUGAAGAACAAAAAAUUGUCAACCCACCAGAGCGGGAACAAGAAACAUCACUCAUGCGAAACAUUGAAUCUUUUGACCGCCAUGGAUGGGAAAUUGGUUACUGCACUGAUUCUAAUAGAUCUAUCUAAAGCUUUCGACAGUGUAAAUCAUAAUUUUCUCCUUACAAAACUUAGCAACGUCGGGGCUUCUCCAAGCGUUGUAAAAUGGUUUGAGAGUUACUUGACCGGAAGAACUCAAUCAGUCAGAAUUGGAUCAACUGUGUCUACUCCUCUCCCUGUUUUUUUUUUUUUUCUCCCUGGGUACAAUUUUAUCACCUUUACUUUUUAGUAUUUAUACUAACGAUUUGCCCUCAUCAGUCCACCAUAGUAAACUUGAAUCGUACGUGGACGACUCCAAGAUAUUACUAUCUUUCACUGUGGCUAACGUGGACUGUUUAAAGCAACAACUUGAGGAAGACUUGUAUUUGAUUGCAAACAGUUGUUCCGAAAAUGAAUUGCUUAUUAACCCGGGAAAGACCAAAUACAUGCUGAUUGGCACACGGCAAAAUCUACAACAACUUCCCGUAGAUAUGACCAUAAACUUCCUCAACGAGACUAUUACCCCCGUCUCCUUUGCCAAAGAUCUAGGAAUGACAAUCGACUCUUAUUUGACAUAUGACCAGCAUAUCACCAUCCUGGUUUCCUCAUGUAUGAAUUCCCUGUGCCAAAUAAGCCGAGUCAAAAAAUGUUUCGAUAAAGAAGCUUUAACUCUCAUCGUCUCGGCACUCGUAAUGAACAAAAUGUUCUAUGUUUCAACGGUUUGGUCAAACACUUCGUCUACCAACAUUAAGAAACUACAGUUGGUACAAAAUUUUGCAUGCAGGAUAAUAACAAAUAUUGGAAAGUUCGACCAUAUUUCGCCGGGCUUACGUGAACUUAACUGGCUCCCAGUAAAGGAACAAUUACUACUAAGAGAGGCUAUUAUGAUGUACAAAUGUGUCAAUGAACUUGCUCCACAUUAUUUGAGCGAUUUAUUCACAAAACGUUCUGACAUUCAUCAACGAGAUGCACGUAGCCAUGACUCACUGCAAAUACCAUUGUACAAAACUUCUGCAG